UCAAAAAUAACUAAAAAUAAGAAAUUAGCUAAAACAAAAAAUAAGAAAAAAAUGAAAUAUAUCCUUAUCGGUUUACUCUUCUCUUGCUUGUUUAUCCAAACAAUUCAAGGAUUUGAAUUCACUAAACCUUUUGUUCUCUAAAAUAAUGGAGAUUUUAAGUAAUGCUACGACUAACUCACCUAAAAAUGCUCCGAAUUAUCUACUGAUUGUGUUUCAUCAUUAUUGAAAUAAGUUACUUGUUCCUAAAAGAGAUGUCCUUCCCCUACAAGCGCCUUUAUCACCAAAUUUUGCCUCUUAGAAGUUUGUAAGCCUGAUUUCCCUGGGCUUGAUAAAUUAAAUGAAGAAUUUGUUGAAUGCCUCUUUGGCCAACAAGCUUGA